GACUCUAAGCUAGAUGUUUAUUGUAUCCUUGAACAACGCCCGAACCUAAAUGUCGGUACUGAUCAAAUCAAGCUCAGAAGAAGGAGCGAUGGGGGAUCGAACGGAAGCGGUGGCCGAAGCCGGGAAAAAUGAAUCCACGGUGAAGUUAUGCCGUCGUUGUAAGAAUCCCUACAAUUCCGCCUCGAACACCCCCUCCUCUUGUAGGUUUCACCCUUCCUUCUUCGUAUGCCGAAGGCACGACGACCAAAAGAGGUACUAUGAACUUGGCCCAGAAGAUCCACCAUACGCGGCCAAGUUCUAUGACUGUUGUGGAGCUGAAGACCCAGAUGCAGUAGGUUGCAGAACAGAUUUCCAUAUAUCAUAUGACGACAAUUGAUCUGUUAUAGAACAUCCAAUUUUUAUGCAAGGUCCAUUAAGUAUGCUUAUAGCACAUAAUAUUGAAACUGCAAUUUGAAUGGUAACUUGAAAAUUUUCACUUUCUACUAUGAAGUUUCUUUGUCGUCAUAUCUAAUAUGCAGUUUCCUUAUAAAAUUUCAAGCUUGUUGAACAUUCAGAUUUUUCUUGUAUGAUAUUGUUGAUUUUUCA